GAUUGAUCAAGGGAUUCUCUUGCUCUAUGUUCUUGUAUGAUUCAUGAUAGCGAAGUCGUGUAUCUGUUUGAAAGAAAUAAGGGAAAUUUCGAAAUAGGAUUGACGUUUCCAAAGUCAGAGAUAAGACCCUGAGAGCUCUACAGAUCAGAAGGAAUUCACCGACUGGCAGUGCAGAUUUUACCAUGUUGACUUCGUUGUUGGUGUGCUUUGCCCUGCUAUAUAAAGAAGUAGAACCUAGCAUUGUUCCAGGAAAACGCGCAUAUUGUACUCCGCCAACUUCCUAUGAUGGCACGUGCAGUUGCGAAAAUGACGUCGUGACUUGUACCGGGCAAACGAGGGUGCCAACAUUCUCCGGCAGUAUUCACUACAAGAAAGUUUCAUUUGUCAAGGGUAACUUUAGAAACAUUACCAGUUACGUUAACCCAUUUGCAAAUCUUCAAACAGAUGAACUAGUUCUUCAUGAUAUGGUAAUACUGGGAAUUCCGGAUCAUGCAUUUUUACCUGUGAAAUCCAUGUUAAAGAAACUGGACCUCUCUAAAAACUAUCUCACCGCUUUGCCAAAAGCACUAAAAGACCUCGACGUUCUAGAGUCCCUUGACGUUUCUGAUAAUUCUAUCGGAGACAAAAAUUUUACAGAAGAUGUUUUGAGAAAAAUUGGAGCGACUCUGACAUCAUUAACCUUUGGCAGUUACGAUAUACUAAAUUGGCCACUGACUUUAAAGCAUCUUCAGAUGUUACAAAAUCUUAAUCUGACCCGAGCAGCCUUCCAGUUUAUGCCUCAGGACGCAUUUCACGGAUUCGCCGGGACGUUACUGACCUUAAGUCUCAGUAAAACGGGGCUUAAAUCAUUGCCUUUAGCUGUUGCUCGGCUAAAUUAUUUACAAUCCUUCAACUUUGAUCAGAAUACCGGUGUCGGAGACUACGGUAUGAAUGUCCCAUUACUACAAGGUAUAAUGAAUUACUUGACAAACGUUUCUCUGAAGCAGGACAGUCUUAAAACAUUCCCGGAGGCUCUGUCUGUGUUUCAUAAUUUGAAAUCAGUUAGCAUGGACUUGAAUAUGUUAGACUUCGUAAGUGACCACGCAGCGGGGUCUGUGAAACAGAUUGAGAAUCUAAGCAUGCGCAAUUCUAACAUAUCCCGUAUCCCGCAAGCUUUGGCUGACAUCACCUCUCUAAAGUCUUUGGACUUGACGGAUAACCGUAUACAUAGUAUUGAUGUUCAGGAUGUCCAAAUUUUACACUCGGUGAAAGAAAUCAAACUUAAUAACAACCCCAUCCUUUACAUUUCAAAUCAUGCCUUUGACAACAAUGGAAAUCUGGAACGACUAGAGCUGAGAAACACGAGCUUGAAAGAGGUACCAUGUGCUCUAAAAUCUGCCAUUGAAAAUUUGACACGUGUAAAACACCACUUUCCGUUGACAGUGGACUUAUCCAACAACGACAUCAGAUGCACCUGUGAGCUGAAGUGGCUUGCUGAAACACUCAGCUCACAUCAAAGCAACAUCACGUGGGACAUUAUUGGAGAUUGCGAGACCAUCGUUAUGAGUAUCAAUGAUUACCUGAAUUCAGACAAUCUUCUGGGUUGCCCCUCAUCAAAUAUUUGUAAUUGAAAUGAAAUUUUAUUAAAACCUGAUUGCUCUC